AUGGAGCGCAGGGGAAGGCGCUCGCCGGAUCGGGAGCGCGGCGAGAGAGGGGACAGGCACGGCAGGCGCUACGAGGGCGAAGGAUUUGGCAGCGACCGCAGAGAGAGGCGCUAUGAUUCUGGCGACGAUUUCGAUCGCGGGGACAGGAGGUUUUUCCAGCGUGAGGAAGGUAGAGAUUUCCGGCGUGAGAAUGUAGGGAGAAGAGGGGAUGGAGCAGCAGCAGCAAGUCAGGAGCUUCCGGAGCUCUACUCGAUUUGUAGGGGACGAGUUCACUCGGUGAAACCCUUUGGUUUGUUUGUUCGUCUAGAAGGCUAUCGAGCUCACGGGCUCGUCCAUCUCUCGCAAGUGAGCAAUCACGAGGUCACGCAGCGGGAAGACUCGGACGAGGUGAAAAUGCAAGCUUUGGCAGCGAUUGCCGGGCAAGGAGAGGAGAUAUGGGUGAAGAUUAUCGCCGUGAGACGAGAGGAAGAUGGAAGUGUGAAGAUCGGUUGCUCGAUGAAACUUGUUGGGCAGACCGAUGGAAGAGACUUGGAUCCAAACAAUCUCCAGGCCGAGCUCAACGAAUCAAGGCCAUCUCGUCCUGCUCGUUCCAAAGUUACUCUUGAUGCUGUUUACAACGUUUCUUGCUCGCGGUGCGGCGGUCACGGCCACUUGAAAUCUGAAUGCUACGCCACCGGUGACAAAACUUACGAGCUGCUUCCAGAGGAAGCUCUGGAGGAUUCAGUGCCACAGCCAUUGACACAGCCAUCGACAGUGCUUGCGGAAGAAACUCUAGACAAGGAGAAGAACAGGCACAGCGCAUCCAAGUCGAGCAAGAAACGAAGCCAUCUCCCAGACAGCGUUACUACUGUGGAAGAAGCCAAAGCUCUCAUCGCGAGCCUCAAGGACGAGAAGAAGAAAAAGAAGGAGAAAAGAGAAAGCAAGCGCCACCAUAGCAAGCAUCACAAGAAGCGGAGGAAAGAGGAAGAAUCAGCGCACUAAGGCAAGCGGUGGUGUGGAAUAUCCGCGUCUUUAUGGCACUCGCAGUGCUGACGCGAUGCGACGGCGACCGUCAGAUCUCAAACUCUUUCUUCGCGGGGAGAGAGCUAUUUAGUGGGCGAUGGCGCUCGAGCAAAGGAACGAGGGAGCGAUGCAACGGAAGAAAUUGGAGCAGCAAGAGCAGCACUCAAUUGAGCUCCUCGAUGGGCAGAAUCGUCACCCGGCAAUCGCCAUUCCCCGGCAGGCCGCCUGCGACACGCUCCAGUCGAUCAUCCAGGCGCAUUUCGAGAAGACGCUGGAGAAGAAGCGCGCGGUGGACGCGCAGAAGAAGGAGCUGUGGCGGAUGUUUGGCAUCUUCUUCGUGUUCCUGGCGAUCCUCUUCGACGGCGUGGCGCGGUCCUCGGUGAUCCAGUGCCGCCACUGCUGGGCUCCAAUUGGGAUUUGCUUGCUCGCCACCGCCAUCUUCUACGUGGGGAUGGCGCAGACGCUCAAGUGUAUCAACGCGUUCAAGUACCUGCGGAGGUGCCACAAGCUCACCAUGGGCGUCGCGACGGACAAGCUCCGGAGGAUCACAUCGAGCUCCAUGGACUUGAUCCGCGAGGAGGAGGUGGAGGUGAGGUACCAGGAGCCGGACGAUGACUACAUUGGCAAAUUCAAGAGGAAAUGGAUCAUGUUCACGGUGUUCUUGGCUCUCACUCUGGCUCUGCUUGUCUCGUCCUUUGCACAGAUCCUAUGCUUGUAACUAGAAGUCUUCUUUUCUCUUCACUCAUUCAUGUAAGAGACAAACCACUGUACGCAAGAAUUAUGUCCAAGAAAAGAGGUUGAAAUUC